AUGUCUAACACAGGUUCCUCCAACCCGCUCCAGCACCCGAUCCAAGCUGUGGCUUCGGCCAUGGGCGUAGCUGGCGCAGAUCCGCGUCCCACUCAAAGGACUACGCUCUUCCAGGGCGCCAAUGAUGGGCCUGCCGUGACCGCAGCGAAAAUCACUGGCGUUACUGAGGGUGGAAAGAAAAAGGAUGAUGCCCCUUAUCACACUAACAAUGAAGGUAUCCCUUGGCCUGAUAUUGCACAUAGUAAGAAUGUGGGUGGAUUGCCGUUGGUGAGCGAUACCUUUUUGUUGCAGAAGCAGCAGACGUUCAACAGGAGCAAGACUUUGGAGAGAAUGGUGCACCCCGCUGGUUCAGGGGCGUUUGGAUACUUUGAGUGCACUAAGGAUAUGUCGCAUCUCACUAAGGCAGGUCUUUACACUGAAGUCGGGAAGAAGACUCCAAUUUUCAUUCGCUUCUCCACCGUCACCUUUGGCAAAGAGUUCCCCGACUCUGGUCGAAAUCCUCGUGGUUUCGCCAUCAAGCAUUACACCGAGGAGGGUAAUUACGAUAUCGUUGGUCUUAACUGGCAGAGGAACCCGGCAAAUUUUUUGCUGGACUAUAACAGCUUAUUUGAUUUCUUGGCAAAUGUCCCUGAGAGUAAUCACGCGGGCAUGAUGUUCUUCAGCAACCAUGGAACCCCUAAGGGAUGGAGAUACGAGCAUGGUUAUGGAUGUCAUACUUUCAAAUGGGUUAAUAAAAAUGGAGAAUUCGUCUAUAUUAAGUACCAUUUCAUUGCAGACCAUGGCCAGAAGCAGUUUACCUGGCCAGAGGCUAUUCGCGAGGACCCCGACUACGCUAAGAGGGACCUCUGGCAGGCCAUCGAGAGAGGUGAGAAAAUUACUUGGACCGCUAAAGUCCAGAUUAUGAAGCCCGAGGAGGCCGACCCUGUCAAACUUGGGUUUGACCCCUUUGACGUGACCAAAGUUUGGCCUAGAGGCAAAUUCCCAAUGCAAGAUUUUGGUAGACUUGUUCUAAACAAAAACCCCGAGAACUACCACCGUGAUGUCGAGCAAGCUGCUUUCUCGCCUGGCAGCAUGGUUCCCGGAAUCGAGGACAGCCCUGACAUGCUACUCCAAUUCCGCACAUUCUUCUACCGUGACGCGCAGUAUCACCGCCUCGGUGUAAAUCUUCACCAGGUCCCCGUCAACUGCCCAUUCAUGUCGCAGUCUUACUCUAGCAUUAAUUUUGAUGGCCCCCUACGUGCCGACGCCAACACCGGUGGCAACCCACACUACGUUCCCAACAGCUUUGAUAACCGCUACCGACCUGACACCGCCGAAGCGCCAUAUCAAGUUGCAGAUGCUGUUGUCUCCCGCCAGGGACACCACUACUCUGAGGGGACUAUGAAGGAGUAUGAACAGGCGCGGGAGCUCUACACUCGUGUGAUGAGCCCUAAGGAGCGUGCUGAUCUACACAUCAAUACGGCGGGAGUUCUGAAAUUGGUUGAUUAUGAGGUUAUCCAAGUGAACUACCUUUCGCAGUGCCAUUGCAUUGACAAUGGAUACGCGAAGGCAAUCUAUGAUUUAUUGCCUGAGAGGAGGUUCGACUUCCAGCAGGUUGUGGACGCUUCAAAGACUGCAAUGUCCCGCGGAAAGGAAAAGAAGUUUAUGCCGUUUGCUGAGCACCACCGUUUGGUCGGAGGAAAGCCUACUCUCCCGACUUAUGGGGCGUAG